AUGACGAGAGGAUCGAAAUUCGAGGUCUCGAAAUUUGAUGGUCAUGGCAAUUUCGGAUUAUGGCAGACGAGAGUAAAAGAUUUAUUGGCGCAGCAAGGAAUUCAGAAAGGGCUCCGUGCAGAAAAGCCAAAGGGGAUGGAAGACGAUGAUUGGCAAGAUAUGCAGGAACGGGCGGCCGGGACGAUUCGGUUGUGCCUUGCAGAUGAAGUUAUGUAUCACCAGAAACAGAAAUCUGGAGAGUCAUCUUCUCAAAGUGACAGUUUAUAUGUGAAGGGUAACCAGGAUCGUGGAAGGAAACAGGUGCGGGAUAAUUCAGGAAAUCGGAAUUUCAGAUCCAAGUCGCGAGACAAAUCGAAAGGUAGGAAAACUGUGACGUGUUAUAAGUGCAAGGAACAAGGGCACUUUAAACGGGGUUGCCCGAAGUGGAAGAAACAGACUGCUGAUAUGUCAUCCAAGUCUGCAAAUGUGGUACAAAAUGAGGAAUCCGAUUGCAGUGAUAGAGAUAUGUUAUCUAUUUCGACUACGCAGUAUGAUGAUGCUUGGAUUCUCGAUUCUGGAUGUUCAUAUCAUAUAACGCCUAACAGAUAG